UUAUUACCGUUAUUGUUUCAGUUCUCAUUCACUGCGACUUGACAUUAGCACCCGUCAUCAACUUUCCUCAUUCGAACAGAAAGCAGAUUCAAAGGCGGUCGGCUAAGAAGCCUUCAGAUCAAUAUGGCGAAAAUAAAACAAGUUCUAUUGUUACUUGCAAUCAUGGUUACAACAAGUCGAGGCCAACAGGCUCCAUGUUCAUUUGCAAUCACUGUGGAUGGGUCGUCCAGUGUUGAUGCAAAUCAAUUUCAACAACAAAAAGAUUUUAUUAAGCGACUCAUUACCCGAAUCGAUAUAUCCGGAGACAGCAAUGCUGGGCUUGCGCAGUUUGCAAGUACUAGUCAAAUACAUAUCAAAUGUAACGAUGCUGCUACAUCGAGUGCUUUUAAUACACUUGUAGAUGGAGUCAAUCUUAUGAGCGGUGCAACUUGUAUCAAAUGCGGUUUGGACAAAGCGCAAGAAUUAUUGUCAGGAAAUGGAUGUGGAAGAACAGGGGAAAAUAAAAUAAUAUUUUUAAUGGUUGAUGGAAAUGAAAAUAUAUUCCCUAACGAAGUUGUAACUACUGCAACUAAUCUUCGAAAUGCUGGAUAUGUUAUUUAUGCUCUGGCAAUCGGAAAUGUGGUUGACGCAGCAAUGGUAGCUACGCUUACUGGCAGUUCUGAUAGAGUUUUCAGAACACAAUUUGCUGAUUUGGCAACUUAUGACAUUGAAACAUUGUAUGGUGCAUUAGGUUCAACAUGUGCUGCUUCUACUUCUGGUUGGGCCAGUUGGGGUCUAUGGUCAGCAUGUUCUGCCACUUGUGAUCCUGUUGGCGUCACACCAUCACGAAGCCGAACGAGAAGUUGCCCAAGUGGAGCUACCUGCCCAGGUUCUAAUACGGAAAGUGAGAGCUGCAAUGGAAAUGUUCUCUGUCCAGGUGUCCUCUCUCAAUGGAGUCAAUGGAGCACAUGUUCAUCCACUUGUCGUGCCACUGGUGCUAAUGCACCCACAAGAACAAGAACUCGUCGGUGUGACAAUCCAAGCCUUGGAGGGAAUUGUGGUGGUGCUAGCUUAACAGAAACAGGAAACUGUAACGAUGUUUCAUGUACUGUCAUACAAUGGGCACAAUGGGGUCAAUGGUCAGCUUGCUCAGCAACAUGUGAUCCAGUUGGUUUCACUCCUUCACGAACAAGAACGCGUAGCUGUUCAGGUGGCUCAACUUGUCCAGGAUCAGCUACUGAAAGUGGAAGUUGUAAUGCAAACUUAGCUUGUCCAGGUGUUUUGACACAAUGGACGCAAUGGUCAGCUUGUGCAGCAACAUGCAGAACUCCAGGAUCAUCCCCACCAGUCAGAACAAGAACACGAUCAUGCACCAAUCCUAGUUUAGGAGGAAAUUGUAAUAACGCUGUUCUUGUGGAAAGAGAAGAUUGUAACACUGAUGCUUGUACAGGCAAUGUUCUUUCACAAUGGAGUCAAUGGGGUCCUUGUUCUGCUACAUGUCAGUCAGGCAACACAAUUCCACAACAAACUCGUACAAGAACAUGUAGUGGAACAUGCACUGGUGUGUCAACUUUAGAGCAGAGAAAUUGUAAUGCUGGUGUUAGUUGCAAUGUGAUUAGUUGCUCCAAUGCCAACAUAUCUUAUGUCAUUGUCAUUGAUUCAUCCAGCAGUGUCAAAACAUCACUACCAGACGAAUGGAGUCAAGAAAAAACUUUCGUUAAGAACUUCGCCGCACAGCUUGGUCUUGGAACAAACUCACGAAUCAGAGUAGGCGUUGUCAAUUAUGGAAGUGCGACUAACAUUGUUGCUACUUGUGAUUCUACCGCAACCAGCAAUUUAGCAAAUUUUAAUGCAUUAAUUGAUGGUUUACCUCGUCAACUUGGUGGUACUGCCAUUAAUGAUGCCUUGCUUAAAGCUCGUGAAUUAUACACUGGUCCUGGAUGUAAUCGUGCAGGUGAACUAAGAGUUGUACUUUUUCUCACGGAUGGGUACGAGAAUAUCGUAUUUGAUGACGCUCUCCGUGUAAGCACAGAAAAUUUAGUGCGCAGUGAAGCUUUAGUAUAUGUUGGUGCAAUUGGUCCUGAAGUAAGACUUCCUGAACUUGUUCGUGUCACUGGGAAUUCUUCCCUGAUAUUUACUGCUAACAACUUCUUGGAAUUAUCUAAUAUUGAUGCGGCUGCAUUACAUCCGAGGAUUGUUAGUCAAGUUUGUCAAGUUGGCGGAGUUUGGGGUAGCUGGUCUGCAUUUGGAUCUUGUUCGAUCAGCUGUGGUGCACGUGGUGUAAGAACAAGAACACGAGAGUGUAGAAGUCCUGUCACUAAUGCUUUACAGAAUGAUUGUGCUGGUUCUGCUACCGAUACCGACACAUGCUUUGAAGGAGAUUGUCCAGGUACUUGGUCAAUUUGGACAGCUUAUGGAACUUGCUCAGCAUCUUGUCAUUUUAACGAAGGUGGACCAGCGCCAACUCAAAUAAGAACAAGAACUUGUGUUGGUGCUACUGGCGCAGGAAACUGUGGUGGAGGCUCCACAUCAGAAACAAGGAGCUGUAGCGUCCAAGUUCCAUGUCCAGGGCAAUGGUCUGAAUGGGGUCAGUGGGCCAGUUGUAGUGAAACUUGUCAAUCGAAUGUGAACACCGCCCCUACUCAGUCCAGAACAAGAACAUGUAGUGGUGGAACAUACGGAGGAGAAUGUUCUCCUGGAAGUAAUGUAGAAACACGAAGUUGUAAUGCUAGAGCUUCUUGUCCAGGAAUUCUAACACAAUGGUCUGUGUAUGGUGAUUGCUCUGCUACAUGUCAAUCAGGCCUUCAAGCUCCAACUCGACAAAGAACACGUACUUGUGAAAGAGCUACGUUUGGAGGAAAUUGUAAUGGUGCUUUAUUGGUUCAAAAUACUGAUUGUAACGUGGAAGUAGCUUGCCCAGGUACACUAACGCAAUGGGCGCAAUGGGGUGCUUGCAGCGAAAACUGUCAAAGCAAUCCAAAUGUUGCGCCUACAAGAUCAAGGACUAGACAAUGUGUCGGUGCCUCUUUUGGUGGAAACUGUGGUGGUGAAAGUCUUACAAUGACAGGAGCAUGUAAUGUUGGAGUUGGUUGUCAAGGUCAAUGGUCUAACUGGGGUGCGUAUGGUAGCUGUAGUGAAACGUGUCAAUCAAAUGUUAAUACAGCCCCUACUCAAUCGAGAACAAGGACAUGUAAUGGUGGAACUUUUGGAACAACUUGUCCUGGAAGUGCCGUAGGCACACAAGACUGUAAUGUUGGAGUAGCAUGCCAAGGAAGUCUUACUCAAUGGUCUGCCUAUGGUGUAUGCUCUGCUACAUGUCAAUCAGGCCUUCAAGCUCCAACGCAACAGAGAACACGUCGUUGUGUAGGAGCUACAUUUGGAGGAAAUUGUAAUGGUGCUUUAUUGGUUCAAACUACUGAUUGUAACGUAGAAGUAGCUUGCCCAGGUAAUCUAACGCAAUGGGCGCAAUGGGGUAAUUGCAGCGAAAGCUGUCAAAGCAAUCCAAAUGUUACGCCUACAAGAUCAAGGACUAGACAAUGUGUAGGUGCCUCUUUUGGUGGAAACUGUGGUGGUGAAAUUCUUACAAUGACAGGAGCAUGUAAUGUUGGAGUUGGUUGUCAAGGUCAAUGGUCUAACUGGGGUGCGUAUGGUAGCUGUAGUGAAACGUGUCAAUCAGAUGUUAAUACAAACCCUACUCAAUCCAGAACAAGAACCUGUAAUGGUGGAACUUUUGGAACAACUUGUCCUGGAAGUGCCGUAGGCACACAAGACUGUAAUGUUGGAGUAGCAUGCCAAGGAAGUCUUACUCAAUGGUCUGCCUAUGGUGUAUGCUCUGCUACAUGUCAAUCAGGCCUUCAAGCUCCAACGCAACAGAGAACACGUCGUUGUGUAGGAGCUACAUUUGGAGGAAAUUGUAAUGGUGCUUUAUUGGUUCAAACUACUGAUUGUAACGUAGAAGUAGCUUGCCCAGGUAAUCUAACGCAAUGGGCGCAAUGGGGUAAUUGCAGCGAAAGCUGUCAAAGCAAUCCAAAUGUUACGCCUACAAGAUCAAGGACUAGACAAUGUGUAGGUGCCUCUUUUGGUGGAAACUGUGGUGGUGAAAUUCUUACAAUGACAGGAGCAUGUAAUGUUGGAGUUGGUUGUCAAGGUCAAUGGUCUAACUGGGGUGCGUAUGGUAGCUGUAGUGAAACGUGUCAAUCAGAUGUUAAUACAAACCCUACUCAAUCCAGAACAAGAACCUGUAAUGGUGGAACCUUUGGAACAACUUGUCCUGGAAGUGCCGUAGACACACGAAACUGUAAUGUUGGUGUUGCAUGCCAAGGGACUCUCACUCAGUGGACUUCGUAUGGUGCAUGCUCUGCUACCUGCCAGCUAAACCUUCAAGCUCCAACUCAACAAAGAAGCCGUACUUGUGAAAGAGCAACGUUUGGAGGAAAUUGUAAUGGUGCUGUAUUGGUUCAAACUACUGACUGUAACGUAGAAGUUGCUUGUCCAGGUGUACUAUCUCAAUGGACACCAUGGAGUGCUUGUUCCGAGACUUGUGAAACUGGUGCUCAACAAACAAGGACGCGUACCUGUACUAAUACAAGUUUUGGUGGUAAUUGCAAUGGAGCCUCUCUUACUGAAAGCAGAACUUGUAAUGACGGAGUACCAUGUCAAGGUGUCCUAACUCAAUGGAGUCAAUGGUCGGCUUGCUCUGCAACCUGUCAACUUGGAGGUACCUCUCCAACAAGAACAAGAACACGUUUAUGUCAAGGAGCAACACAAGGUGGUAACUGUGGUGGUGCAAUUUUAAGUGAAACAGAAAAUUGUAACUUCCAAGUUGGCUGUCCAGGAACACUUACCCAAUGGGGACCAUGGAAUCCUUGCUCAAGCACCUGUCAAGCCAAUGCGACUAUAACUCCUUCUCGAGCUCGAAUUAGAUUUUGUAUUAAUACAAGCUUCAAUGGUAACUGCUUUGGUGCCUCUCUGCAACAAACUGAAAGUUGCAACGUCGGUGUGAUUUGUCCAGUCCCUGGUACUUGGACUCAAUGGGGUCAGUGGAGCACUUGCUCAAAGACUUGUGAUAUGGGUGCAAGAUCACGGAGUCGCACUUGUACUGACCCUUUCCCUGCUAACGCUGGAAAUGACUGUGUUGGUUCAAGUACAAGCACAUCCACUUGUAAGAUUGCUGACUGUCCAGUUGCUUGUCCUGUACAAAAGAGAUGUAACUGCAGUUUAGCUCCUCAAUUCCCAACAACUGCUCCUGCUCUUGGAUACUUUAACAUAGACGACGCCACAAUUCAUGCUGCCAUUAAUACGUUGACUUACUGGACAAAAGAAAUUCAAAAUCAAAUCUGUGAAUCUUGCAAUCUCCAGCGUUUACAAGUGAGUGUGAACACGGUAACUUCACAUGUCAAUCAAGUCAAGGCAAUGAUUGAUCGUUUAAAUGAGAUCAAGAAACGGCUGCGGGACAUCAUCAACUGUAACAACAAUGUUUUCAUUGGAUCCGAGCUAUGGGCAUUGUACGACUAUUUGUACACUCGUUGUACAAUGUUAAACGGUGUUUAUACUGAAUUGUCUGCGUGCAAAAUGAGAUUUGAAGCUGCAAACAAUUCCUGCAAAAAAUACGGUUGGUUCCAUCAACUAAUGAAACAGGUAUACAGGAAGUGGUAAAAGGAAAGGAAACGACAAACUUUUAUUUACGCAUAUGUUACGUGUAAUGUUUCAUGUGCAAACAGGGCAGUAUUAUCAUGGAAGUAUUUUUUAAAAAAACUGUGGCUAGUGAAAUUUUCUUGGUGACAGUUAGUAGAUAAAAUAUUAGCUUCUCGUUUGCCAAUUUUUUAACCAAUUUGUUGUUACUAUUGGGCGAAGAUGGACGAAUAUGGUAUUGGGUGAAUAUCAAAGAAUAUGGUAUUGGGUGGGCAUGGUUGGACGGGUAUGGUGUCAGUUGGUUAUGGUGUCAUAUAGGAAUAUCAUUGUUAUGAAAUAGUGUCAGGUAGGUUUGGUAUCUGCCGGUAUGGUGUUGGGUGAUUAAGAUAUUUUGUUCACAUGGUGUUAAUCAGGUAUGGUGCUGGAUGGGUAAGGUGUUGGUUUAUAUGCCCUUAAAUUCAUAUCGUGUUGGUUAAAAUGGCGUUGGGUAGCUAUGCUGGCUAUUAUAUAGCGUCAGUUUAGAUAUAGUGUUGGAUGGGUAUGGUGUUUGGUGGGAAUGAAGCCUUAUCUGUACGCAUUUAAGUUUUUACACAAAUAAAACUCUUCCAUGAUAUACUUGCCCUGUUUGCACUGUUUGCACUGUUUGCACGACUGAUUUUAUACAUCGGUCUUAAAACUGCACAUAAUUUCUGUUGUUCGCUCUUAAUUUAAACAACUUUGACAGUUUUUGUGGUAUACUGGUGCCACUAUUAAUAUAAUCUAACACUACGCAAUUCGCACAAACAAUUUUAUACUUUUGUAAUUUUUUGUAAAUUUGCAUAAAUAAAGCAAUUUGAUGAAAAA